AUAGUAUAUAUUGUUAAGCUCGAGGCAAAGAAGGGAAAGAAGGUUUUGAGAGAUGGACAGUGGUGAUAUGAAGCAUUUAGUUUUGGUGAAGUUCAAAGAGGGCAUCUCUAUUCAAGAAAUUGUUGAAGGCAUGGAAAGCCUGGCCUCUAAACUGGAAUAUGUGAAGGCUUUUGAAUGGGGGCAAGAUGUGGGUUCAGAGGAGCUCCUGAGGCAAGGCUUCACUUAUGUGUUCACCUUGACAUUUGGGAGCCCUGAAGAUUUCAUGGCAUAUUCAUCACAUCCUUCUCACUUGGAAUUUGCAGGAAAGUUCAUGGCUGCAAUUGAGAAGGUCAUAGUGUUUGAUUAUACUCCUGGUUUCAUGAAAUCAAGUGAAGAAAAGCUUGCAUGAAUAUAAAUAUGUGUGUUUCUUAUUUGCUUUCAUGUUUUAAGACAAUAUAUGAUUGUCCAAAAAAUAAUUAUGUUUUUCUAUUUAUGAUAUUGGGACUGAGCCUCUUGGCUUAAUUGUC